GGGACGGGGGCUCCGAUGUGAGGGGAGACCUAGUCACUUGUAGGGGCAGCAGGGCUCUCGGAGCCUUUGUCGACUCUCGGAAACUCGGCGCUCCUUGGCGAAGAUUCUCCAAGCACCCGCGGCACUGUCCGGUACCUUCAGCCCACUAGGUCCCGCCUUCUGUCGCCUCUCCACCAAUCGCCGGGGGUCGCUGCGUGUGGGAGCCUGCCUUCCUUGACCAAUGGGAAGAUAAGAAGUCGCCAUGUGGCGUGAGGCUGAAAGAUUGGCAGGGAAGCCCCGCCCCUGCGCUGCCCUCCCCGGUGCAGAGUGCCGCGGCUAGCGCGCCGCUGAAGCCACCCGACCUCCGCUGUCACCGCUGCCAUGGCUUCACGACCCGUCACUCUCGGCAUCGACUUGGGCACCACGUCCGUGAAGGCUGCCCUGUUGGAGGCUGCACCCGACCACCCAGCCGGGUUCGUGGUGCUGGCCACCUGCACCCGGGCUGCCCGGGCAGAGACAGAGAGCGCCGCAGCCGGGCCCCAGGGACGAGAGCAGGAUGUGACUAGAAUCAUCCAAGCCCUAAAUGAAUGCCUUGAUGCUCUUCCCCGGCAACAGCUCCAGAGAGUCGGGGCUAUCGGAGUAUCAGGACAGAUGCAUGGCAUCCUAUUUUGGAAAGCAGGUCAAGGCUCUGAAUGGAUGGAGCGAGGGCCUGCCCUUGUAUUUGAGCCCAGAGCUGUGAGCCCCUUGGUCACAUGGCAGGAUGGCCGUUGUAACACUGAUUUCCUGGCUUCUCUGCCCAAGCCAGCAUCCCAUCUCAGUGUGGCCACGGGAUUUGGCUGUGCAACCAUCUUCUGGCUUUUGAAAAACAGCCCAGAAUCCCUGAAGUCCUAUGAUGCAGCUGGCACCAUUCAAGACUAUGUGGUUGCCAUGCUGUGUGGCUUGCCAAGACCCCUGAUGUCUGACCAGAAUGCAGCUAGCUGGGGCUAUUUCAACACCCAGAGCCAAAGCUGGAACUUGGAGAUACUGGAAGUGGCGGGCUUUCCUGUGCACCUGCUCCCCGACAUUGCAGAGCCAGGGAGCAUGGCAGGCAGAACCUCUCACACAUGGUUUGCAAUCCCAAAGGGCACGCAGGUGGGCGUAGCCCUGGGCGAUUUACAAGCCUCUGUCUAUUCCUGCAUGGGCCAAAGGACUGAUGCGGUUCUCAACAUCAGCACCUCUGUCCAGCUGGCAGCCUCCAUGCCUGUGGGAUUCCAGCCGCUGCAGACUCCGGAUCCUGCAGCCCCGGUCGCCUUCUUCCCUUACUUCGACAGGACCUACCUGGGGGUGGCAGCGUCACUCAAUGGAGGCAAUGUGCUGGCCACGUUUGUCCAAAUGCUCGUUCAGUGGAUGGCGGAUCUGGGCCUGGAGGUUGAAGAAUCCACUGUCUAUUCACGCAUGAUCCAGGCGGCUGCACAGCAGAAAGACACACAUCUUACCAUCACCCCAACAGUGCUGGGCGAGAGGCACCUGCCGGACCAGCUGGCCUCUGUGACUAGAAUCUCCUCCUCUGACCUUUCCCUGGGUCAUGUGACCCGGGCCCUGUGCAGAGGCAUUGUUCAGAACCUGCACUCCAUGCUUCCUUUUCAACAGCUCAAAGAGUGGGGCGUGGAACGGGUGAUGGGGAGUGGGAGUGCGCUGUCCAGGAAUGAGGUGCUGAAGCAGGAGGUCCAGAGGGCAUUCCCUUUGCCAGUGUGCUUUGGGCAGGACGUGGAUGCAGCCUUUGGGGCAGCUCUGGUCAUGCUCCGGAGAGACCUCAGCCAGAAGGAGCCUUAGUUCAGCAAGGUCUUUGGUUAAAGUAAUGCUGGGAAUUCUAUCUAAAUGACAUUGCCAACAUGAUCUCUGAAUUGUCCUUUUCCUGGACGGUUCUUUGGGCAGACUGUAAAUUAUACUUGAUCUUGAGGUACUGUCUAAAUUGACCAAGAUCUUACCUUCAGGGCAUAUGAUAAUCAUGCAGCCAGGAUCCCAAACUAGUGCCUUCCAAGAACAGGAUCUUCUGAGAGCAGAUUGCAAACGCAAAUGUGAGAGGUGGAGAGAAUGGGAGGGAGGGAGGAAAAUGGGAAGAGGGAGGGCAAGAAGAAGAAAGAGAAAAACACAAACAGCUUCCUGGCCGCUGGCUCAUCUGUGACUCACUUGUAGACA